AUGGUACUCCAGGCGAUUAAAUACUCACGAGGCCAGCUCGAGAUUCUGGACCAGCUGAAAUUACCGCAUACCGAAGAAUAUGACCAUAUCUACUCCAGCACUGAUGCAUGGCACGCCAUCAAAGAGAUGCGGACGCGAGGUGCACCGGCCAUCGCCAUAGUCGCUGCUCUCGCCCUCGCAGUUGAACUCACCAACAUGAAGCUCUCCUCGGUAGCUGAGGAGGUCGAGAUCUUCAUUACAGAAAAGCUGGACUACCUUGUGACCAGCCGACCAACUGCCGUCAACCUUGCAGAUGCAGCAGGCAAACUUCGAAAGAUUACCAAGGAAGCUGCUGCAACUGAGGGAGCGAGUGGAGAAGCCGUGAGAGAUGCGUACGUGGCUGCUGCGGAGAAGAUGCUGGUUGACGAUGUGAGCGAUAACGAGAGUAUCGGCAAGCAUGGCGCAGAGUGGAUAGUCAAGAACACGGAAGCAGGAAAGAAGGGACCUGUGAGCAUGAUGACGCACUGCAACACAGGGUCUCUCGCAACUGCUGGAUAUGGCACAGCGCUUGGUGUAAUCCGCUCACUGUACGGCAAUGGAUCUUUGAAGCACGCUUUCUGUUCUGAGACACGACCAUACAACCAGGGCUCUAGGCUGACUGCGUUCGAAUUGGUUCACGACAAGAUACCGGCAACUCUCAUCACUGACUCCAUGGCGGCAGCGCUACUUCGACUACGCGGUGAGAGCGAGAACAUCGCGGGUAUCGUGGUUGGAGCCGACCGGGUGGCUGCGAACGGUGACACCGCCAACAAAAUUGGAACUUAUUCAUUGGCCAUUCUUGCAAAGCAUCACGGUGUCAAGUUCCUCGUUGCCGCACCAAGAACUACUAUCGACCUGAAGACCAAAUCGGGGGCCGACAUCGUCAUCGAAGAACGCCCCGGACAGGAAGUGACCCUUGUCAAAGGACCUAGACACGACGGUGUUACGCUAGAUCUGGGUGUCGUCGAAACUAUCAGCAUUGCGGCAAAUGGCAUCGGUGUGUGGAACCCAGCCUUCGAUGUCACACCUGCAGAGCUCAUUGAUGGCAUCAUCACCGAGGUAGGCGUGGUUGAGAAGGACAGCAAUGGUGUAUUCCAUUUGGACGAGGUCUUCAGGACGCAGGGUUCCGAAGUGAAGCCUUCGACUGUUGGUGGCUUAUAG